UACUGCGUGCCUGGUGUGGCACAGGGAAACGGAAAAGUGUGCCACACAAUACGCGCACGGCUUCGAUCCCGAAGCAACGUGAAAACCAACGCGGACCAAGUACAGACUGGAAACCGAGCAGAUCUGAGUUUUUAAGAGGUGAUGCAAAAAGGAGACUGACGAUAAGAGAAAAUGCUAUGAGAAGGUCUUUUCGUCCGAAGACAACACUGCGAGGCUUGCGGAGUUUCUAGAAAAAGGGCCAGAAUAAGCAGGAAAGGAGAAGAGGAACAGACAGAUCCUGAAAAGAGAGAGACGAGUCUUUCAGAUGCCGUUUUUGUGCUGCUUUCUCACUUUCACACUCCGUUUGCAUCCAUCUGGCUGCAAGAUUGCAUCCAAGACUCUUUCAUAAGCCGCCUUUUUGCCUGCUUGUUUUUUGCCCUUCAACAUUUCUGCAACUGACAGUUUAUUUACCUCUUGCUCUCAAAAAGGUUUAUCUCACAGUUCAUUAUUAUUUGCCCAAGGGGUUGAAGCUUACAAUUUCUAUCUACACCCACUUGCUUUUAAGACUCCUAACAGGGAGUGUGUUUUACAAAAACCCCUAGAACAUUCCAUAUUUUGAACAUUAGCCCAUGUGGACAGUUCAACCCAAAAUGAUUUACCUGUAUGGUUCCUGCAGCCCAACCUAGUUAAAUUCCAUUGACUUUUUAAUAAAAGGUGAGCUUUAUCACCAAGUAUUCUCACCGUACUAUGAGUGAUGACAACUCGGAUAGCAAUGCUCCUAGGGUGGGAGCGGGAGAGGCUGAGGAGGUGCAGCAGACCAGCAUGAGCAUAACUGGCAGCCCACCACCAUCAAAUCCAGCCAAUGGCAGGACAGGAUCGACUCCGGGUGGUGAGUCAGGGCCUGCAGGAAUAUCCAAUGAUAACCGGGGGCAGAACUCGGACGACAUGGACACGCUUUCGAGCGGCAAUGACUCUGGGGAAAGGGAGAGUGAGGGAGGAAUGGAGAGAGAGAACGUCUCCAGGGGACGACAGUCCACGCGAAGUUACCAGAGCUCCUCAAGUCAUAAUGGCAAAGAUUCUGGCAUGAUGUUAGAGACCACAGAGAGCAACAAGAGCUCAAACUCCCAGAGUCCGUCUCCCCCCAGCAGCUCCCUGGCCUACAGUUUGUUGAGUGCAAGCUCCGAGCAAGAUCCUUCAUCCACCAGUGGCUGUAGCAGUGAGCAGUCGGCUCGCGUGCAGACCCAGAAGGAGCUGAUGAGGGCACUGAAGGAUCUCAAGAUUCGCCUGCCCGCUGAGAGGAAGAGCAAAGGACGCUCGAGCACUCUCAACGCCCUCAAAUACGCCCUGAGCUGCGUCAAGCAAGUCCAAGCCAAUCAGGAGUAUUAUCACCAGUGGAAUGUCGAAGGGUGUCAUGGCUGCAGUUUGGAUCUUUCCACAUUUACCAUAGAGGAGCUUGAUAACAUUACCUCGGAAUAUACGUUGAAAAACACAGACACAUUCUCCAUGGCCGUGUCCUUCCUGUCUGGGAAGGUGGUGUAUAUCUCUCCGCAGGGUUCAUCUUUGUUGCGAAGUAAACCAGAGAAGCUGCAGGGGGCACUGUUUUCAGAGCUUCUCGCCCCUCAGGACGUCAGCACUUUCUACAGCAGCACUGCCCCCAGCAGGUUACCAUCAUGGGCCUCCUGCAUCGGUUCUGCAUCUCCUCCAGUGGAGUGUACCCAGGAGAAGUCCAUGUUCUGCAGGAUCAGUGCAGAUGGCUCCUCCAGUGGAGACAUGCGCUAUUACCCGUUCAGGUUGACCCCAUACCUGCUCACACUGCGGGACUCCGACACUGCAGACCCCCAGCCCUGCUGCCUGCUCAUCGCCGAGAGAGUCCACUCUGGAUACGAGGCUCCUCGUAUUCCUCCAGAUAAGCGGAUCUUCACCACCAGUCACACACCCAGCUGUCUCUUCCAGGAGGUUGAUGAGAGAGCUGUGCCGCUGCUGGGUUAUCUGCCACAGGACCUGGUGGGAACCCCAGUCCUGCUCUGUCUCCACCCAGAAGACAGACCCAUGAUGGUGGCUAUCCAUAAGAAGAUUCUGCAGUUUGCAGGCCAGCCGUUUGAACACUCUCCGCUGCGGAUGUGUGCCCGGAACGGAGAGUAUCUUACUAUCGACACUUCCUGGUCCUCCUUUGUUAACCCUUGGAGCAGGAAGGUGGCAUUCAUCGUGGGUCGCCACAAAGUCCGAACUUCUCCACUGAAUGAGGAUGUGUUCACCCUGCCGAGGGUUCUGGAGGAGAGCACAUUGACUCCGGAUAUUGCACAAAUCAGCGAGCAGAUCCACCGUCUUCUGGUUCAGCCAGUCCACAGCAGCAGCUCACAGGGCUACGGCAGUCUGGCAAGUAACGGCUCCCACGAGCUGCAACCGAGUGCCGCUUCAUCAUCAGAGAGCAACGGCACCGCUCUGGAGGACCCAGCUCAGCUUCACAAACCAAUGACCUUCCAGCAGAUCUGUAAGGACGUCCACAUGGUAAAGACGAACGGCCAACAAGUGUUUAUCGAGUCCCGUAACCGCCCCGCUCCUAGGAAACACGCAGCCACGGGUUCUUUGCGAGCUGUAGUGGAUACCGUCCAAGAUAUGGUCCCACCCUCAAAGGAUCCAGUCCUGUCUCAGCUGGUGAGGAAGGAUCCGCCCAGUGCAUAUUCUUACCAGCAAAUCAACUGCUUGGAUAGCAUCAUACGGUACCUGGAAAGCUGCAACGUCCCAAACACAGUCAAACGGAAGUGUGGCUCCUCCUCCUGCACCGCAUCCUCCACUUCUGACGACGAUAAGCAGCAAGACACCCCCAGCAACCCGAAAGGUCCAACAGUUGCUCUGGUUAGUGAGAGUGCACAACUGCCAACCCUGGCUUUACACAGUAAGGCAGAGAGUGUAGCGUCAGUAACGUCCCAGUGCAGUUUCAGCAGUACCAUUGUCCAUGUGGGAGACAAGAAACCCCCUGAGUCAGACAUUGUAAUGGAAGAAGCCCCUACCACCCCUAUACCUGCCCCUCCUGUUCUUCGUACUCCUCCUCCUCCUUUACCUCCUCCACCUCCUCCUCCUGCUCUUGCUGCUACCCCUUCUUUGCCAACCUUUCCUGCUCCACCCACCCCUAGUGUUACAGCUGAGAGAGAUGGAGUCAGGAGAGGAGGAGGAGCAGGAGCUGGGGGAGGAAGGCUUGGGUUGACCAAAGAGGUGCUUUCUGCACAUACACAGCAGGAGGAGCAGAACUUCAUGUGUCGGUUUAGAGACCUGAGUCAGCUGAAAGUUUUUGACCCAGCCUCCGUACUUCGACAGCAUACUACCACACCAAUAACUAGAGGUGCGCGCUGUUCACGUGAUUACCCUGCUAUGAGUAACAGUGGUCGUCGGCGUGGUAGAGGUGGUAAAAGGUUGAAACAUCAGGAGACCUCAGAGCAGGGGAGCUCCUUAGGCCAGUCAGGCCCGACAGGAAGCUUCACCAUAGGUGCUCCUGCUCAAGAGGGUGUACCUAACCCUUCGUUUCCUCUUGUUCCCCCUACAACCUCAUCGUCUUGGCCUCCUUCAGUGGGCUCCCAGAAUAGUCUGCACUCUGUGCCCUAUCCACCAGGCAUGCUGCCACUUUAUCCACUCUACCCACCCCUCUCUCAACCCAUCACUGACCCAUCUAUGCAUACUGGCCUUCGCUUUCCCUUUCACAAUCCUCAGGUGGCUCCUCCCAUGGUGCCUCCAAUGAUGGCAUUGGUACUUCCCAACUACAUGUUUCCACAAAUUGGCACAACCAUGGCCCAGCCCGGUGCUGCAGCUAUUCCUCAGCCCUUCUACAACCCCAAUGUGUCUUUUCAGUACCCCACAGUUAGCACUGCCCCUCCAGCACCCCCUCAGACAGUAACACCGGCCCCAAGAAACCCAUCCCGCUGUAGCACACCUCAGUCCUGCAGCCAGAGAGAAGGAGGGGUGGAAAGGGAAGGGACAGAGUCACCCCUUUUCCAAUCCCGAUGCUCCUCCCCUCUGAAUUUGCUUCAACUGGAGGAGUCACCCACCAGUCGGCUCGAGGCAGUGACAGCAUUGGCAUCUGGGCAACAGGCCACACCUCCUGCUGGUGGACAAGGUGGUGGGGUUGGAGGUCCGGCAGCAGCCAAUCAGAGAGGUGCAGCAGUAGAGGACUCCAAAGAGAAUGAAAAUGGAGAAACCAAUGAGUCAAAUCAGGAUGCCAUGUCCUCCUCGAGUGAUCUACUUGACCUACUACUGCAGGAGGACUCCCGAUCGGGCACAGGCUCAGCCGCCUCGGGUUCUGGGUCCUCAGGCACCGGGUCCUCAGGAUCUGGCUUAGGUUCCUCAGGCUCUGGCUCCAAUGGAUGCAGCAGCUCAGGGAGUGGAACAAGAAGCAGCCAGAGCAGCCACACGAGCAAGUACUUUGGCAGUAUAGACUCGUCGGAGAAUGACCUCUCCCGUAAGCAGGGGGCAGGGGGCAACGGAGAAGCCCAGUUCAUCAAGUGUGUCUUACAGGAUCCCAUCUGGCUGCUUAUGGCCAACACAGAUGAGAAGGUCAUGAUGACCUAUCAACUGCCCAUCAGGGACAGGGAGACUGUACUGAGUGAGGACAGCAUUGCAUUAAGAGCCAUGCAGAAGCAUCAGCCUCGGUUUACUGAGGAGCAGAAGCGGGAGCUGAGUCAGGUUCACCCCUGGAUCCGCACAGGACGCCUGCCUCGUGUCAUCAAUAUAUCUGGAUGUGUGGGCUGUAAAUCUCCUCCUUCAGCGCCUCCUGCCGCCCCCUUUGACGUGGAGAUCCAUGAGAUGGAGCUGUGCAGCGUGCUCGAUGUGACAGAAGAUGGCGCCACCGGCGAGAAACGCAUGCAGCCGGACACAGCUAUGGAUCAGGGAGAGGCACAACGUCGGAUCGACCAAGAUGAGAAAAAAGAGAAAGCGCCGACAAGGAUGAAGAGAUUUGUCAGAGAUCAGGAAAUGACAGCUGAAGGACAGGAAGUUGCCUCACAGAUGGAGGAGGAGGAGGACAGGAAAGAAGACCAUGCGACUGGCAUGAGACACUGAUUUGAUACUGUUGUCCCACGACUGGUGGGAAAGAUAACUUUGUAAUUAUAGUGGAUGAUGUCAGCAGUGGGAUAUUGACACAAAAAAAAGACUGCAGCACUAAAUGCCAAGUGUAUUGAAUUUUGGGCACAAGUCUUUCUCGUUUUGUUUUUUUUGUUUUUUUUUUCAGAUAAGAUACUGUAAAUAUUAAAUAGUACAGUAAAUUGUGAGGUUUACCAAUGACACUGUGGCUGGCGAGUGGGAUUACUUUUUAGGCUCUUAAAUUAAAAUGGCACUCAGAUUUGUUUUUAUACAUGUUUAAAAAAACAAUUAUUUAUUUGUAUAGCUAAAUGCAGCUCAGUAGUGAGUAAAACUGCAAAGGCUGACAGAUGAUGAAUGUGGAAGAGAAUGCCACUUUUAUCGCGAGACUGUGACACCACUGCUCUGCACACUGCCCCGGUCACUUUUACAUACAUUAACAGCAUUGCAGAUGCUUUGACUUCCUAGUUCGAUCAUUUCAGUUGAACUCAGACUGUGUGAUGUUAUGAAGCUCUACCCAGCCCCAUUAGUGUUACUAAAACCUAGUUGUGAGGAGCUUUACCUGUAGUAACACCUAAAAACAAGAGCGUACAUACAAUAUGCAGGCUUCGGGUCGGUAUCACUGCCUUUCGCAGGUGUUUGAUCUGCAGUUUACAUGUGCGUUUAGACCAAAUCUCACAGGUUGAUUUAUUUUUUUUGAAGGUUCAUUAGUAUUUUUAUACAUCACUGGUGUAGUUUCUGUUCAGAGAUUUGUACUUGUAAUAUCUCAGAUGUUUGUUCAAUCCAUACGGAUUGCCUGUUAAUAUUUCCGUUGCUGUUUAAGGCCAAUGACGCUUUUUUUCCCCCCUCUCUCACUUUUAUAUACAGUGUCUUAGCUAGCGGCAUCCUCGGUUACAGAGGUGCAUGAUGGGUAGGAGGACAGUUACAGGGCAUCAAGGAAGCACAGUGAUGCAUGUGUGGUCCCAUUUUCUCUUUAGUGUCUCGCUUUAGUUCUGUGCUUGGCAAUCAGAGCAGAAAAUGAUAGGCUUAGUGUAAAAACCAGUAACUGUGCAAAAAAGUGAGUAGUAAGGGCCAGACAAUCCUAACAUCCUUCUCUUUUCUGUGUCAUUCAGUUUAAUCAUGUACUCCGCUUUACUGGUCUUGAGUGGUUUCUAAGUAUUUUUGUGAAUUUCUUUGUAUUGGGGGGGGGGGAUGAAAUAAAAUCUGA